AUGACAUCGCCCGAUGACGAUUUUGGUCAACCAUCAAAUAAUAACAAUAAUAAUAGUAUCAGUGUAGCAAGUGUAAAUCAACAGAAUAAUUACAAUCGACGAAUAAAUAGCAAUAGCAAUAAUCCUUAUACAACAACAAAUGGAAUUGAAAUACGAAUAUUGAUGACAUCGCGUGAUGCUGGAGCAGUCAUCGGUAAAGGUGGCUCAUCGAUUCAAAAACUUCGUGCGGAUCAUUCACGUGCGAUUAUUCAAGUGCCUGAUUGCACAUCACCUGAGCGUGUGUUAACCAUUAGUGGUGAACAAGAACAAUGUUUUGAUGCAUUACAGCAGAUUAUUCCAGUACUAGCUGAUAGUUCACGUCUUUCAUCCUUUAGUCGACGACGUAAUGCGAAUCCUGGAGGAGUCAAUGCCGAUCAAAAUUCAUCAUCGAAUGAUAAUCAAACAACAGGUGAUGCACCAUCAGAAAUUCGUGUGCUCGUUCAUCAAAUCUAUUGUGGAGCAAUCAUUGGUAAAGGUGGUCAACAUGUUAAAGAAUUACGACAAACAUACAAUCUCGAUAUCAAAGUCUUUUCUCAAUGUUGUCCAAUGAGCCAUGAACGAGUUAUAUCAUUACGUGGCAAAAUCGAUGAUAUUAUUGAAUGCAUUAAACACAUCUAUUCAUUAAUAAGUUCAUCAUCGCAACAACCAAGGGGUAUACCAUCACUUCAAUACGAUCCACAUAAUUUUGAUAUUUAUAUUGUGAACGAAUACGGUGGUUUUUUACCACCUGGUGGCCUCGAUCUUGGUAUUGGAUAUAAUCCACGAGGAGGUUUUCCACCACCUGGCCCUGCUGGUGGAAUGUAUCCUAUUCGUCCUUUACCACCUCUUGUUGAUGUGCCAUACGGACCUGGACCAGCUCUAGGUGCUCGAUACCCUAGCCCAGCACUAUUGACUUCAACACGCGUAACUUUACCGAAUGAACUCGUUGGAGCGAUUAUCGGUCCACGUGGAGCGAAAAUUCAACAGAUACGGCAAACAACCAACGCUAACAUUAUCAUUGAUGAUCAGUCUAUUCCAACAGGUACGGGUGGCGGUGAUCGUAUUAUAACUAUUGAAGGUACACCCGAACAAAUAAGUCGUGCCCAACACCUUCUUCAACAAGCUGUUCGUCAAUCGGGUCUCUGGCGACCAUGA